AUGAAAGGAGAUUGGCCGGCGCUUUGCAAGCUGGGUCAGUUGACACGACAUUUCUUGAGAAACAAAUCUGGUGAGGGAAAGAUGGUCGGAAUUUGCCACAUGUGCAAGGCAGGUCAACGUGACCAAGCUUGGCACAUCACGGACGAGCAACAUAUGGAUACGCUUCACCAAGACGCAGGUGUUCCCUGGACAACACCAUCCCCCUUCACCCGCAUCAUCCCCCAGGAUCCAGACAAAAAGCCUGAGUUUUAUCGAGUGGACCUUUUCCAUACCCUGCACAAAGGGGUCUUCGGAGAUGUUGCGGCCAAUGCUGUGGACCCUCAUCAUCACAAUCACCAAUAUAGUUGUUUUGUAAAUGUGAUGGACUUUGAUCUCAUGGGUGAAGGUUCUGUCCCAGUAAAGCUGGGGGUGAUCUUUGAGGAUCUUCAGAAGUAUUGCUACGACCAAAGCUUGCAAUUGCACAUGAGUGGCUUGACGCGAACUUUGCUGAGCUUUGAUCGUGAUCAAUCUUACCCUGCUGGGCCCUAG